UCCUGCAGAAAACUUAGGAGAAGUUGUUUGUGUCGGUCUGGAAUGAACGUCAUUUGAUAAUGGUCCCACCCUUUCAUUUGCUUAUUGUAAAUGAUACAAGAUGUACAUCAAGCAUCAAAGUGAACCUGGAAUCCUGCAAGGCCUGCCAAUGGCAGUAAAUGCUGCAAUGAUGGCAAAAACCUCCAUAUCAAAGAAAACAUACUAAAUUCCCAAUAGAAUUACUGACAGUCAUACACACUUUGGGAUUCCAUGGGGGAGAAACGUAUUUGCCUGGUACUGUUUGUAAUGAUUUUCCCCUGGCUUGCUUUGGGUGCAGACAGCACUGUGGGUCACUACUUGUGCAGCCCUCACCAUUAUCUUGAAUGAUAUUAAUGGAGAAUGUGGUGUGGGUCAUGCACGUAGUGGCCCGGGGUGCUAGCUGCCCUCGGGAAAAUCAAGGAAUUGUAUCAAAAUCCUUGGGAAUAAUGUCUGUGAAACUGCACUUUGCUUCUCCUGCUGAUUCUAGUGGGGUCAACCGCAGCCGUUCAUUUGCUGGCUUUGGUUCAUUGCAAAGCAGAAGAACCCAUCUUUCUUCUGGCGGUAGAAGUUCUCCAAGGUUAAGAUUGCUGUCAGUAAAAUCAACAAAGAGGCAUGUCAUUUCACAAAAAAACUCCAGUAGUUUGGAGCCACAGCCUAACCGAGUGGAGAAAAUAUGCAAAUCAUUGCGGAAAGGUCUAAAUGAAUAUCUUGAAGUUCAUCAAAAUGAAUUAGAUUUGCUAACCAUGCAACAGAAAGACAUGAAAAGAAACUCCAGACUGGCUUUUUUAUAUGACCUAGAUAAGCAAAUUAGGACCACUGAGAGAUACAUCAGGAAACUGGAGUUUCACAUUAGCAGGAUAGAAGAACUAUAUGAAUCCUACUUCAUCCAAUGGCGGCUACGGAAUGGCGCAAACAACAUGAAGCAAGCUUACUCUGUGUCUCCUUCUACCAAAGGAUCACGGGAAACAUUGAUAGAGAUCAACAGAAACUACAGGGAAUGUACAGAGGAUAUGUGUGUGAUUGAGAGAACAUUAGAAAUUCUCCUUGGGGAAUUCCACAUCAGAAUGAAAGGUUUGAUUGGUUUUGCUCGUUUAUGCCCAGGUGAUCAUUAUGCGGUGUUGAUUAAGUAUGGCCGACAGAGGUGGAAGUUAAAAGGAAAGAUUGAUGCUGAUGACAGACAAACAUGGGAUGAAGAAGAAAUGGCCUUCCUACCUCACAUCAAUGAAGAUAUUGAAAUAAAGGUAGCUGAAAUGAAAGGGCUGAUGACUGUUUUGGUUGGAACAGUGACCUGCGAAAGUGCGGAUUUCUUCUCUGCACAACCUCAGAUAAUGAUUGUGGAUAUUACUGACUUAGGCACUAUGAAACUUCAGCUGGAAAUCAUGUGGGAUCCAUUUGAUAAUGAUGAAGUUUCAGUAACAUCUGGAUCUAUCACCAAAUUCUCUUUGCCAAGUAGGAAAGGUUCUGUGAAUAACUGGACACCUCCCAGCACCCCGAGCUUCAGGGACAAGUAUUUCUCUCAGCACAUUGGACCAGAGGAUACACUGCCUCUAUUAUGCCAUGAAACAAAAGGAACUUUUAUCUUUAGUCAUUUAGGAAAUGGUUACCACAAUACACAUUUGUCAUCAGUGCCGGAGAAUGAGAAAUUUUACAAUUACGCAAAUAUAGAUAAACAAGGAAACAGUCACUUUACUGAUGACACAUUAGCUGUCCAAGAGUCAUCUAUGGAAUUAUCCCAUAACUUGCAAGGAGCUGUCUCUACGGAAAGGACUGUGCAAUCACCAUAUGUGGAACCAAGAUAUCCAAAUCAAAAAGAAUUUCAAAGAGAUUCAAUACAUGCCAGACAAUUUCAAAGUUGUUCAGCAAUGGCAAAAUCUGCUUUGCAUGUCGGACCACACCAGAGGCUUCAGCAGCCUACUAGGAAAUCUGCUGAAUGGGACUCAACAGGCCACAUCAGGAAUGCGGAUCUUACCAAACCAUUAGGUCCACAGAGAACUAUGACAGUAUUCAAUACACGUAGAAAUAGCACUUCAAUGUCUUCUGGAAAGAAUAUAAGGACAGAUUUUAUUUCAGUAAAUAUAGGAACCAUGCUACAAGAAAUAUUGACUAUUCUAAGGACGGAUCAAAAAAACUAUAAGGAACUUCAAAGCCUAGAGCAACAAGUUCUGCACUUCAGAGAUAUUCUGAAGAGGGAAAUAACAGAUAGCUCAAGUACAUCUACUGUCAGUCUGACUGUUGAAACAGUCUUAGAAAGCUUCAACUUCCUAAAUGCUGAUUCAAGUGAAGAUAAUCUUUCAUGCUCUGGGAGCAUUAGGAUAAAGGAUGAAAGGACUGGUACAUACAGUAAAGGCAAUAUUUGUCAGCAUGAUUUACUGACUAAGAAUGGAGAUUUAGGAAUUAAAGCAACAGGAACCCUUGCCCUGACAUCAGAAGAUGUGUCUCUUGAUCAAGCCCUCUUAACUCACCUGCAACUGUGCAAGAGACUUCUACAGAGAUUUACAUCAACUGGCUGUGCAGCUGUCCUUCAGAAUUGCAUAUUAGAGGAGCUCUCUCAACAGAUCCUGGUGUUGGAGAAUCUAGCUCUCAUUUGUCAUGAGAAGUCAGGGAAUAUUAAAUCAGUGGAAGAAGUCAUUCCAAAAUCAAAGGUGGGGAAAUCAGUCCUGUCGUUCUGGGGCAAAUGUACAGAGACAGACUGUCUUUUAUAUUUAUCAGCUGAGAAGUUCCUGAUGCAAUUAAGAAAUUGUUAUACGCAGAAAGUGGCUGCAAGGUACCCAGGACAGACAGAACGAGUAUUCAGAACACUUUUGUACCAGAUUGUCAGCUGUUGUGAAUUACUGCUGUGUCCUAAUGUCUCAGAGGAAGUGGUGACAGUCUUCCAGUUUUUCAACUAUGUCAAAAAGUACAAUAUUACUCAGCUGGGAACACAUCUGACCAGACUUGCAAAGGAAGUAUUUCUCCCUGAAGCUCUACAAGCAGCACAGAAGAUGAAGACACUGAAAAAGUUAAAAGAAAAGCUAAUCUCUGAGCUACAGCCUCUGCACCAAACCUUGCAGUCAAUCAGUAUUCUUCAAUUAGAUGAGAACCCCAAGGUCACACAAGUUGUAACUUCAUUCCUUCGUAGUGCUUUAGGAAAUAACAUUUUUAGAGUAAAGGCUUUGGCCUACUACACAGAAACCUUGCAAGAAAAAGAUCCACAACUCCAGAGAGCUGCCUGCAUGGCACUUAAACAACUAAAGGCUGUGGAAAGCAUUGAACAGAUUGCCAGCUUGUGCCGCUCUCAAAGAGUGAAUGUGCGUGAUACAGCAAGAGAAGUCCUCCACUCUUUUGGUGAGAAAGGUCAUUUGGCUUUUGAGAAGGUGGACAUGUUAUGGUACGAAGGCAGCAUGAACCGAAACUCAACUACUGAAAUUACCAUUCUCUGAAUUUUUUCAAAACCAACCAUAAUAGGCAGUGUAGAUAAUGUGCUUGUGUUCAAUAAUUUUGCUUAUACCAUGUCUAUAUUGUAUAAAGAUUUGCAGUCAAAAUGCAUCAUUUAUUUUUUCUGUCUCAUACAAGUGGUUAUUUGAUUUGGUGUGCAAUAAAGUGGCGAGAUUUAGAUAACUGA